GUUUGUACACAAGAAAGGUUCAGGGGUCCGAACUUGAACAUUUGCUGUUGAGAGGUUCAAAUCUUACGAGUCAGAAACUUUAUCCAUCAGCGAUAUUGAUGGUAUUUAUAACUGGGGACAGACUCUUCUUGUAACCACAAUGAAAAUAUUUGGUUCAACUAUAUGUGAAUAAAUUUGGGAUCAUUAUGCAAGAGGUGCCAGUGAAAGUAGUAGUUCGGGUAAGACCUUUAGUCCCGAAAGAGAAACUACACAACCACCAAGUGUGUGUCAAAGUAUUAUCAAGCAGUAAUCAAAUCAUCAUUGGCAAAGACAGAGUGUUCACAUUUGAUAAUGUAUUAUCUGCCAAGUCAACACAGGAUGAAUCCUACAAGACAUGUGUGGAACCAUUGCUGCGCUCCUGUUUUGAAGGAUAUAAUGCAACAGUUUUUGCAUAUGGCCAGACAGGAUCAGGUAAAACAUACACCAUCACUGGAAGUAACUCUAUUGACAUUCAGGAGGAAGAAAUAGGAAUUGUUCCAAGAGCCCUGAAGCAAAUGUAUGAAAUGAUAGAGGAAAAUCAUAAUAAGGAUUUCACCAUUAGAGUGUCGUACAUUGAAAUAUACAAAGAGGAGUUGAAGGAUUUGUUAGACAUAGAGACUAACAGUAAAGAUCUGGCAAUUCGUGAAGAUGAUAAAGGCAAUACUGUAUUAGUUGGAAUCAAGGAAGUUGAGUGUGAUUCCGUGGAUGAAGUUAUGAAUUGUUUAGAUACUGGAUCAGCUAAUAGACAUACUGGCACUACUAAUAUGAAUGAACACUCCAGUAGAUCACAUAGUGUCUUUACUGUCAUGAUUGAACAAAGAUGGCAAGGCAGCACAAGCUGUGUUCCACCCAAGACUGAGGAAGAAGAGAUUGAAGAUGUAGAUACUGACUCUGAGGAGGAGAAUACAACAACCACUCAUUUUAUGAGUGCUAAAUUUCAUUUUGUUGAUCUUGCUGGAUCUGAACGAGCGCAUCGAACUGGAAAUAUUGGUGAGCGAUUCAAAGAGUCCAUCCAUAUCAAUUCAGGACUGCUUGCCUUGGGAAAUGUCAUCAGUGCUUUGGGAGAUACUAAAAAAAAGAUAUCGCAUAUUCCAUAUAGAGACUCAAAGAUUACCAGAAUACUUAAAGAUUCCCUUGGUGGUAAUGCCAAUACUGUUAUGAUUGCUUGUAUUAGUCCAUCCACAGUGAGUUUUGAUGAAACACUUAAUGCGCUUAAGUAUGCUAAUCGGGCUCGUAACAUCAAAAACAUGCCUAUUGUGAAUCGUGACAAACAAUCCAUCAAGUUUGAAGCAAUGCAAAGUGAAAUACAAGCUUUACGAGAACAGUUACAACGACAGAAAAGUGCUGGUUACUCAGAAUGGCAAUCCGAACAUGGUGGAGAGGAUGUAGCCCUGCAGAUACAGUCAUUAGAAGAACAGAUUAUUAAAUUGAAGACUGAGAAUGCACAUUACAAAAUGUGUACAGAGGAAGCUUUCAAGUUACUUCUCAAAUUACAAGACACUGAUUCACUGACCAAGACCUUGUCAGUCGGUAUUCAGCAGUGGUUGGAUCUAGCAGAGGAAACAAAAAGUGACAUCUUAUCACCGAGGAAAAAAGAUAAUGGUGAUGAAAACCUGGUACACAGACUGGAAAAUGAACUGAAAAAGGCCAUGGAUGAUCUUGCAAGUGAUGAGGAAAUAUUUGCUGAGAAGACAAGAGAGAACAAUGAAAUGCAGGAAAAGAUAGUAGAACUGGAAGCAACGAGUAGCGAGCAUGUACAAAUGCUGGAAGAGGCCCUGGAAAGACAAAAACAACAAGAACAACAAAUGAUUGAACAACAGCUAAAAAUUGCUGAACUUCAGAAAUAUAUUGAUGACUUAGAAAACAAGAAUAAGAAUAAAGAUAUCAGUGGUGAUAAUGUUGAAACUGUGGAGGCCCCGGGAACUGGCGGUAGACGAGCCAUGUCAGUGCCAGCUGUAAUAGCAAGAAAAAGAUACAAGUCAGCUGGAUCUGAAGUCAGUCAUGUUAGACCGCAAUCAAGAAAGGUGCAUACCAGUCCUGCCAUGCCUGCUGUAGCUACAACCUGUGGCCAGUAUGUUCUUAAUCAAGACUAUCUCAAUAGACAUUCUGCUGUCCAAUGUCUCCAGUCUGGUUCUCGGUCCCACUUUUCUAUGGAGCGAAUAGUGCAAGGUUUCCGUGCUCGGAGUCAACUUAUCGUCAAUAGGCUGGAAGACUUGGAUGAAGUUUUGCAAGAACAGUUUAGUGAUGAUGAGCUAGUUGAGGAAAAUGGAGAGGAAAGUAAAACUUUGGGUAAAACUUGGAACAAAGGCAAGCAGCCAAUAUUAUCAGGAACCAUUACACUGAAAGGAAAGGCACGUGCAAGCAAAGUACCUCUAAGAAAAAAAUCUGAUGGAUUGAUUAUUGAAGUUGAAAGAUAUCUAGCUGAACAUAAAAGUGGCGAUAAAACCUCUGAAGUAGGUCAGUUGAAAGUAAACGCCGCGAAUACCAAAGAACAAGUGAGACAGUCGAGUGUUAGACUGCAGGAUGCACAGCAAAAGUUGAGAGACCUUAGUUUGAAUAUAAAGUUGAAAGAAGGGCUUAUCAGAGAACUUGUGAAGACAAGCAAAGAAUCUGAAUACAUGAAUAAGAAGUAUUCUCAGAAAAUCAAGACAUUAGAAAAGGAGUCUGAGCUAGCUAAAGUUGAGCUACACGAAGCGUUGAAAGCAAUGAGAGAGUUAGAAUCCAAAGAACACCAAGAGAAUUUAGAAAAACAGAAAUUACAGAGUGAUUACAAAAAAAAAGUGGAUGCUGCUAAAAGUAAAAUUAAACUCCUUGAAAAACGUCAAAAUGAUACUGAAAAGAUUUUUAAAAUGCAAGCCCACAGUGAGAAAAAAGUGUCUGAUCUUGAACACAACAUUGAAAAGAUGAGGCAACAACAGGAGUUAUUACAAAGAAGACUGAGAGAAGAAGCAGAGAGGAAAACAAAACUUGAGAGGGAAAUGCAAAGAGAUCAACAGAGAAUGAAAGAACUAGAAAUACGAAAUGAACAACAACAGAAGAUACUGAAGCGAAAAACUGAAGAGGUUGCAGCAGCACAGAGGAAACUUCGACAAGGCAGUGCUCAGAUGGUUGGUGAGGAUCAACAUAAAUUGGACGAGCAAAGAAAAUGGUUAGAUAAUGAAGUUGAAAGAGUUUUAGAGAGAAAAAGAAAAAUUGAAGAAUUUGAAGAGGAGCUGAUAAAACGAGAAGAGAUUAUUAAAAAAAAAGAAUCUAUUUUGAAAGAAAAAAGUGAAUUAGAAAUAAAGAAACUGCGAUCAAGUCAAGUACUUUCAAAAGACAUCCUUGGUCUUGCAAAUAAAAUAAACAUCGUUGAGAAGAAAAUUGAAGACAAAAGUAUUGAACUCAGGCAAAGUAUGGAUGUACAGAAAGACCAGUUAGCAACAGAUGUUAUGGAACUUGAAAAGGACAGGGAUAGGCUUUGCAAGCAAAGAUUGGUUCUCGAUGAGAAACUUCAUGAGGGUAGUUUACUCUCUCCAACCGAGGAAAGAAGGUUGAUAGAGUUAGAUGAAGCUAUUGAGGCUGUAGAUGCUGCCAUUGAGUUUAAAAAUGAUACACUCCAGAGUCAAGAAGAUGAACUAAGACGAUCUGAUUAUCUAACCCAGAAUGAGGACAAUUUGAUGGGAAAACUAAACUCAUUAUCAACAAAAGAAACCAAAGUACUGUUAACAAAAUACUUUGAGAAAGUUGUUGCAAUGAGAGAGGCUGAGAGAAAGAAAGACCUUCUUUGCAGUGAGCUUGAGAUGAAGAUUGAUGAGCAGGAGAGAUUUAUUCAUGAACUUGAAGGGGCUUUACAGAAAGCCGCCAGUGAGAUGGAUCGUAGGAGCAUUGAACAGCAGAAGAAAAAUGAACAAAAAAUACAACUUUUGAUGAAGCAGAUUGGGGACGGGCAAUCAUCAGAAGAGUCAGGUGGUGAUGCUAGUAGCCAGAACAGAAUUCAACAACUUGAAAAAGAUUUAUAUUAUUACAAGAAAACAAGUAGAGAAUUAAAAAAGAAAUUACGAGAAGUUGUGACAAGCGGCCUUAUACCACAACUAAGUCAAGGUGAUGAGGGCAGUGUUCCUAGUAGUGCCAGAAGUGACCUUGGAACACCAUACACUGGAAGAGAUUCAGAAUAUGGACAAGGUGAUCUUACGCCAGUACGAAGGUCAAAAAAAGAUUUACGCCAACUUAGUAAUGCUGAAGUUGAAAUUAGACGCUCUACUGCUAGUAAGUCAUCACAUGUGGCAGAUUCAGUUGAAGACAGUGGCAAUAUGAAUCCGUGGACUUGA